UGUAAACAAGCCGCACCCGAUGUUCAAACUUGACAUAACAUACGCCACGUCAACUAGAUCGCCCAACACUACACAAUUUCCCUCACGAAAAACCACCGCAUCCAACACAGUUUAAAAUUGUACAGCGAAAAUACCAUUUUCAAUAGUUUGUAAAGCUGGGAAAACAAAUAGGAAAAUUUAAACGUUUCGUGUGUUGGCGUAGGAAUAUUUCUACCGGUUUCUGUCAUUGCCGCACUAUUGCGCUUUGGUGGUUUCGCAGCAGCAGUUCCCCCCUCUCUUCUCUUACGUCGAUCCUAAACAAAACGAGAAAAGACAGUUGGCUGGUGCACUUUGACGAGAGGCGUUGUUAGUUACUUCGUUGUGUCGACAUUUUUCUGUUUAGUGUACCGAUUAAUCUUCAAAUAUUACAAUGGCUGACCAACUCACCGAAGAACAAAUUGCUGAAUUCAAAGAAGCUUUCUCACUAUUCGAUAAAGAUGGUGAUGGUACAAUUACGACUAAAGAAUUAGGAACAGUAAUGAGAUCUCUAGGACAAAAUCCAACAGAGGCUGAAUUACAGGAUAUGAUCAAUGAAGUAGAUGCCGAUGGUAACGGCACGAUCGAUUUCCCAGAAUUUUUAACGAUGAUGGCACGUAAAAUGAAAGAUACCGAUAGUGAGGAAGAAAUUCGUGAAGCAUUCCGAGUGUUCGACAAAGACGGCAAUGGUUUCAUCUCAGCAGCAGAAUUGCGCCACGUCAUGACCAACUUGGGUGAAAAAUUGACAGACGAAGAAGUCGAUGAAAUGAUUCGGGAGGCCGAUAUCGAUGGUGAUGGUCAAGUCAAUUACGAAGAGUUCGUCACCAUGAUGACUUCAAAGUGAGGAAACCAGAGUUGCAUUUUCAGCUUUCCAUUGUUUCAUCCCGGCUCAUUGUCUACAUUUUUCAACACCUCGAACUUUUUGCUUUGUGGCCGGGUCCACUAAAGUGAAUAACUUAACCGUUAUUUGAUUUACAAGACAAAUUUAAUUAAUAAAUAUAUUUAUAAAUUAAUAUAAUUGUGUAAAUUUUUGUAAUAUAUUUGUUUUUCUUUCGCAGGAGUCGUUGGCGAGAUCUAGUCGCUGGCGAUUCUUGUACUGUAUCAAAUUCUGUGCUACAUGUCUAGUUGAAGUUUAAAAAGAGUUACAAAGUCACAAAGUAUGAAAACACGUAUAUAUAAUGAAGAUAAAAAAAUCGUUCUAUUUGAUGUUAGUUUAGGGGAUACAGCAUUAGACACUUUCAAUUUUUUUCAUACUUUGUGAUGUAAAUUACAUCUGAUCUGUGCACUUACUAUAUAGUAUGUAUCCCCUUUUUUGACAUGUUCAUUCAUUUUUCCCCUUUCUUGUACUGUAGGUUUUACAUUUUUAGUCUAGGAUUUGAAUUUGCUGGAAAGUAAGCACAUUUUUAUUGUCAUCCUGUGAUGCGUAUGGAAAUGUUAAUAUUUUUUGGCUCUUACUGUAUCACAGGAAAUGGUCUUUAGAAAUUGAUCGAAAUUUUUUACAACAAAAAUUUUAUUCUAAUUUCUUAAGACCACUCCCUUUCUUAUUGUAAGAUUUCGUUUUUAUUCAAGCCUGUUAAUUUUUUUAUUUAUUCUUACUAUUUAAGAUCCAGUAACGCAUCCGUUACAAUGUGAAAUUAUUAGAUGUUUAAAUUUGAAAUAAAUGUGACUAAAAUAUUUUCCUGUGACUUACUGGUACCCAAUAUAUUAUUACUAUAAAGUUUUUAUGUUAGAAUUUUUUUCUUUAUUUAAAAUAAAAUAUUUGAAUUAA